AUGGGACCACCAUUUUUAUUUCAAACUUAUACAGCACUUGAAUACGAUGAUGAAUAUAAUAAAGUAAUAUCGUGGGGCUUUCCAGCUAAACGAAAUAAAGAUGAUAAUAAGCCUGAUGAACUGUUUAAAUUACAUUUGAGUGAUAUACCGGAUGAGCUUAAACCGAAGCUUCCAGUUGGAUAUGAAAAGGCUAUUACUGAUUAUCUUAGAGAAAUUGUACAGGCGAUUAAAGAUGACCUUUCAAGACAUUGGGAUUCUUUAAAUUUUUAUAAGGAUGUAUUAUUAGUUAUUACGUGUCCCGCUGAUUCUUCGGAAAAUGCAAGUUCGAUUAUGAGAGAAUGUGUAUAUAAUGCAGGUGCUGAUUCUUCUAAUUUAAUAAGAUCAUUAUUAGCUGAAGCUGCAUCAACAUAUCGCAAUUUUAUAAGGCACGAUCAGAAAA